CCAGCCUUUAGGAAGGCGAGUCUUAAAGUUCUAUCAGAAUGGGCAGUCUCUCACACCCAUCUGGACAGCAACAGAAGCGGGUCAUGGAGAGGUACCGUCAGGUUCACAACUGAUGAAAGCGGCGGACACCACUCCAGUUCACGGGGAAAUUAACUGCUUAAGUGGAGACAGUGAUUCCUCAUCAUUAGCAUCAUCUUCAUCCGGGCGCGCAGCGGCGGCGGCGGCACCCGCAUCAACUUUGCUUUUUCCUCGGGGCUGUGAAAGCACGAGGCCGCCGGGGUUCAAGUUGCCAAGAAGAUGAACAUCCAAGUCAUGCCCGAGCACAAGUCCUCAUCUGUCGCCCCCUUGAAACCGUACAAUGUGGAAAAGAAAGAAGUUGAACUAAUCCUGGUGAAGGAUCAGAAUGGGGUCCAAUACACCAACUCCUCCAUCAUCGAAACCCCAACCCCCCGUGACUGUCCAUCUGCGCUCGCCGAAAGGGAUGUCAACAGGGAAACAUGGGGCAAGAAAUUAGACUUUCUCUUGUCGGUCAUUGGCUUUGCUGUGGACUUGGCCAAUGUUUGGAGAUUCCCCUAUCUGUGCUACAGAAACGGCGGAGGGGCCUUUUUGAUCCCAUACACUCUUUUCCUGUUCAUUGCCGGAAUGCCUCUGUUUUACAUGGAGCUCGCUCUGGGACAGUAUAACAGACAAGGCGCCGCUACAGUGUGGAAGAUUUGCCCAGUGUUCAAAGGUGUCGGCUACACUGUCAUCCUCAUUGCCUUGUAUGUGGGCUUCUACUAUAAUGUCAUCAUAGCCUGGUCUCUAUACUAUCUGUUCUCAUCCUGCACCUCUGAACUGCCUUGGCAACACUGUGGACAUCCGUGGAACAGUGCCAACUGCACAGACUCAAUGUACCUCAAUGGUUCUGUCCCGGGGACUUACGCCAAAUCCAAGCUCACGCCGGCAGCUGAAUUCUACGAGCGAGGUGUCCUUCGCAGUUAUCAGAGCCGAGGAAUCCAUGACCUGGGAACUCCACGCUGGGAGCUCGUUGUGUGCCUGGUGGUGGUGGUCUUCAUCCUCUACUUCAGCUUGUGGAAGGGGGUCAAGUCCUCAGGAAAGGUGGUGUAUGUCACAGCCACUAUGCCCUACGUGGUGCUGUUUGUGCUGUUGAUUCGUGGCAUUACUCUACCUGGGGCCAUGAAUGGCAUCAAUAGCUACCUCCAUAUCGACCUCAAGAUGUUAGAAAAACCAUCGGUCUGGAUUGAUGCUGCAACUCAGAUAUUUUACUCCUUGGGGGCAGGAUUUGGAGUUCUCAUUGCAUUUGCCAGUUAUAACAAAUUUGACAACAACUGUUACAGGGAUGCUCUCCUGACCAGCACCGUGAACUGCGUCACCAGCUUCUUCUCAGGGUUCGCCAUCUUUUCUGUGCUGGGCUACAUGGCACAGAAACACGGCGUGGACAUCAAAGAAGUGGCCACGGACGGGCCAGGAUUGGUGUUUAUCAUCUACCCAGAGGCCAUAUCCACUCUCCCCCUGUCUACCCUGUGGGCCAUUAUAUUCUUCAUCAUGCUCCUCACCCUUGGCAUUGACAGUUCAAUGGGAGGCAUGGAAGCAGUCAUCACUGGCCUUUCCGAUGACUUCAAAAUACUUAAGAGGAACCGCAAGUUGUUCACUUUUGCCACAGCUUUUGGAACUUUCCUGAUUGCCUUACUCUGUAUUACCAAUGGAGGGAUUUACGUGUUCACCCUGCUGGACAAGUAUGCUGCCGGGACCUCCAUCCUGUUUGGAGUACUGAUCGAGGCCAUCGGUGUCUCAUGGUUUUACGGCGUGGACAGAUUCAGUGAGGAUAUCGAGCGCAUGAUGGGCUUCAAGCCAGGUCUCUACUGGAGGAUCUGCUGGAAGUUUGUCAGUCCGGCCUUUCUGCUGUUCGUGGUCAUUGCGAGUAUCGUCACAUCUACUGGCUUAAAACACGAUGACUACACAUUUCCGUGGUGGUCCAAUGUGGUGGGCUGGAGUAUAGCCAUGUCAUCUAUGAUGUUUGUACCCCUCUACGCCAUUUAUAAGUUCCUCAGUGUUCCAGGGAGCUUCAAAGAGAGGAUAGCCUACUGUGUGACCCCAGAGCAUGAACAGCACCUGGUGAAAGAGGGGAAUGUCAGACAGUUUACGCUCAAACACUGGCUUGCCAUUUGAUGGAACCACCGUCCGCUGUGUCCAAAGUCAAAUGGCAGGAUGUGGCUAGAGAAGGUGAUGCACUCUGCAGGAGGGUCUGCUGCUGGCUUGUGGGGGGAGGAGAGGCCUCCGCCGGUGGGGUGGACAGGGUGAGGCAUCUGCUUCUCUGUGUUCAGCACAACGCACCGUCCGCACCGCUCCAUCACUGUUCAAUGGCUGUCGCUACUUUUCAGUGCGCAAAAUAAAACGUUCUGUCUGUGUUCUUGCUUUGCCACCCAACACCACCCCCCACCCCCUUUUCCUCGAUGAAAUCAUAACUCAAACCUCAUAGUUCUCAUAUACAAAUCAUGCUGGGAAUCUACAGGUAUUUUAUUCACUAAACCAAUUUUUUUUAUCAUACUUUUUGUUAUAUGUUUCUGAUUUUUUAUACAUUUUUAUUUUUGGGCAUUUGUUACUGUUUGCUUAAUAUGACGAAAACCCACAACAAUAUCAGUCAUGUCAAACAGUCCUCGACUCGUUGUGUGUGGCAUAGGGAAGCAAUUCAAUCUGUAGAUGUAGAUUUUUUGGGAGACCCUUAUAAACGGCUUAGCCCUCCUGCUGUCUGUGACUGAAAAGGCAACUAGAAACAGACCCUUCCUUGAGUCUCCCUUCUAAAACCGGCAACCAAAAAUCUAUUUGCUUAUAAAAAAAUUAUAUAUUUGUCAGAACAUAAUCAUUCCCACACCAAAUAGCAUAACCAUUCUUUUUUAUAUAUAAAACACUGGCAUUGAACAUAUUUUAAAUGGAACCAACCAUUUAAGUGUUAUGAUGGAAUAUGUAAACUCAUUGUUUCAGUGAAGUUGUAAAAUAGAUCCUCACCACUGUAUGAAGGCAAUUGCUAGGGAACCCCCAGGAUUACUACAGUAUUCAUCAAAGGAGCUCGACUGUGUCAGUGCCUUAUCAAGCUAGACACUUCAAAUACUACUUUCACUACUACUUAGUUAUUUCACAAAGAUGGGGAUAAACGUGUCUUUAUGACAAACAUCCUCCUGGUCUUCUGCCCUGAAAAGCAUGUUAUUGUAGGGGCAGUGUGUGCCAUUUUGUGAACUAAGAUUACAACUCAGCAUAGAGUUCAUAUUGGCCAUGUAGAUGUUGUGUAGAAAGCGUAUCAUUUAUCUCGAAUAAAAGGGAACAGAUCAUAUUGGCACUAUUCAGUUCCAAAGAUAUAUAUUACUUUACGAAGGUUUUUUAAGAGGGCUAGGCUCUGUCUCUCUUAUGAAGAGUCAUCUCUCUUUAUUUUUGCUUAACCAUCAUCCAAUGGUGUAUUAUGACUUUUGUCAGUUUUGCUUCUCCUGAGAAGCCUGUUAUCAUAAUUCAAAUACUUUGAAUUUACUGUUUUAGUAGCAUUAGAGGUCGGUCCUUGAUCUGAUGGGAGAGUGGCAGUGAGGGUUAUUUGAGAGAACAGAUCCAGAACUUGAAAGGAGCUCCCAUCAAAAAGUGCUUCUUUAGUUUAGUGUUUCUGUGGACAGCAUGCCAAUUUGAGGCAAUGGUGGGAUGCGGAUUUGCAUCAGUCAGUUUGAUUCUGUUUUACAUACCAAAUCGAGAGCCACAACUAGUCUUUUUUUAUAAAGAAACUCUAAACUUUGGUUUACAAGUGAUAAUGUUGAGGACUCCACAAUGAUUUUCUGUUUUGUUCUUUAAUUAUCUGGCAGUAUAAGAUCAUCGGCCCAUGUCAAGGGUUGCCACUCCAUCGUGGUCCACGUAUUACAGCUGCAAUGUAAAGUGCAGUUGCAAAAGAUUUUCCUCUAUAAUGUGCGGGUGUUUGUGCGUGAGUGUGUGCUAUUGCUAUAUGUAUUGUAUGUGUGUAACACGACUGCAGAUCUUUUAGAAAAUGACAGUCAUAACCACUGUUUUGUCAUGUGUAAGAUUGUCCUGUUCAGCAGAAAAUAUGAUACUUUGCAUAAUUUGCAGAUUUUUUUUUACUUCAUUUUUUUAAGUAUCCAAAUGUAUAAUCUUUAAUGUUGUUUUAUACUAUUAUUAUUAUUUAUUAGAAGGAAAUUAUUAAAUGAAAUCUGAACAUCACAUUGUAAACAGUGCAUAGUAGGAAAUAAGCCACACAUAAAUAAAUUUAAGAUAUUGUGAGUUAAAGAAAGUAUAUAUACAUAUUCUUUUGUUAUAUAUCUAAUCUUGUAUUUAUCAAAUUGUUUAUAAGGAGCCGUGAAUGUAAAGUAUUUUAAACGUUAGUGUAAACUGUUAUUUCAUGGUGUUCGAUGUAAGACAAAAAAACAGUAUUCAGAAAUGUAUUCUUCAGUGUAAGCCAGGAUCUCUUCUAUUGCAAGAAUGUAGCUGAAUCUGCCCUGGUAUUACUGAACUCCGACUAUGUACACCACAUUGUUCUGUUAAACAUGCAAAGCAACUAUCUAUUAAAGACAAAUCCAAUUAUUCACACUACUACAAUAAAGAGUUUCUUCUACACACUCA